GUCAACAAUUAUUUUCUUAAACUAGGUAGUUAAAAUGGCUUUCCCAAUGUAUAACACAGUGAAAAAAUAUACGGUGAAGAAAGAGGAGAGUGGUCCAAAAUUAAGACUAAUUUAUUGCGUCACGAAGCUGGCUACUGACAAGGAUGAUAUUGAAACAGAGCCUAUUCUCGUGUGUCGUAACUUGGCACAAAUAAAAAUGGUAUUCAAACCUUCUAACUACAGUUUAUCUCUUAAAAUGGCCAUGCAGAUGAAGAGGAAUGAACUAGCGAAAACUAUAUUUCCUCCUGUAAAGAUCACUUGUGGCGAAAAUCCAGGAGAGUUCUAUUGCUCUGAUGAAUGGUUAGAACUCUUGAUUCAUUUAAAAACAGCCGAUACGACUAUACUCUGCUUUUCAUAUGAUGAUGAGCGUGGGUAUAUAAGGGAUAACAUGUUGACCUACAUGUUUGAAGUGAAUAUUGAAGCGCAAUUAGUACCCAAAUCGGCCACAAUGCCUACAGCCUCACCAGUGACCAAUCUCCUCUAUCUGGAUGAGGAGUUCACGGAUUUCCAACUGCAAGGAACAGACGGCAAUGUGCCUAUUCACAAAUCAGUCCUAUUGGCGCACAACGAUAUGGCAAAGACCAUGCUGCGGGAUGGAAAAUGGGAAGAAACAAAAAACGGCUGCAUGAAAAUAGACAAGGCUUCUGUGGAAACCCUUAAUCACCUGAAGGCUUAUAUGUACUUAGAGAUUUUGCCUGAAGAGGGUCUAGAACCUUUGCUGCUGAUCGCGUCCUGCUACCUGAUGGAAAAACUGAGGAAUGAUUGCAUUGCAAAGGUGGCCAGAACACUGAAAGAGGAAAAUAUUGAACGUCUUGUUGAAUUUGCAUGUGAAAACAAUAUGCCCGAUUUAGUAAUGGCCAUUAUUUCAAACAAAACAUAAUAUUGGAACAAGUGCACAUCAGCUUAUUAGGACUAUUAGGAGUCCAGUAAUCAAAAGAAAGCCGAUAUUUUUUAUACUAAAAACUGUGAUUUUAAUUAUUAAUCAGAAAAGUUUGCUAAGGUGCUAUUUGUUUUCUAGAGAAAGUGAAACAAAGUUUUCCUUUUUAAAAGUUUAGGAAAAUUCGACCUGACUCUCCGGGACCCAUCGCUGGUUCGACUCCAGCCGUGGGCAACCGGAGUCUUUGGUCACUUUUUUAUGUUUCAUUUAUUUCAGUUUAUAAUUUAAGUUAUAUUGUGUUUCUUACUUAAUGAUUUUCUGAAAUAAAUUUAUACUGACAGCAUCU